AUGGCCCCAAACAGGAAGAUGUUUUAUUUUUUCUUUGCCUUUUUCUUUGUUUUGGCUCAAUUUCCAUCAGGGUGCCAGGCAGGACUUGAGUAUUCCCAGCCAUUUCCAGGAGGUGAGUUUGCUGCUUGUGAGCCCUGCAGGCUCCGACGGGGCAAAUGCAGGAGGAUGUGCGCCGAGGAUGAAAAAGCUGUGGGAAAUUGCAAGCUGAACUUUUUCUGCUGCCGACAGAGAAUCUGA